GAGCUAUACUUCAUGGGGUUCCCGAGCAGCCUCCUGCUCCGCCCGCGUUGGAUCCCGACGAGCUCUACGAGGAUUUGGUGCAGGAGCUUUGCAAUCUCAUGCGAGAGGCUGCUGUCAUCCAUUCGGCCACUGAUGGGUCGGAGCAUCAGGACAUUGGGGCUUUCGCUGUCGUGGUUCAGCCUGGUGGUUACCGCUGUGCCAUAGGAAACGGCGAGGAGGACCAAACGUCCUACAAGCAAGAACUCUUGGGUCUCGACUUGGCUACACGUGCUGCUCUCGAUGCGGCGCGGUCUACUGGGUGGACUGGCAGGAUCGUCUUCGUCGUGGACUGUCAGGCCGUGCUGCGAGUCGUGCUGAGGCAGGGUGACCACUUCUCGUACUUGUUGCACAUCGUCAACCACAGGUUCGACGAGCUCUCGGAUCUCUUGAGGCCCUCGGUCAUGGUCGUGCUGCUUGGUGGCGACUUCGUGAAGAGGCAGCUGCCUGGGAACUCAAUGCGAUCCAGGCUUCGGCCACUGCCGGCAAACACCUUCAUGAUGCUCUUCGACGACAUGGUCUCCGGCCUGGCGAGGCUCCGCCUCCGCCGGCUGCUGCUGAUGGAGAUGAUGGCGGGUGAUGCUGG